AUGGACGGGCGCGCGAUGGACUACGGCGCGACGGAUCACGGCGGGGACGUCCACCUCACCCUGGAGUCCGACGACGGCGCGCCGGCCAACGCGAACGCGCCGCCGCGCGCGGGGGGUUCGCGUCGUGCGCGCUGGAUGACGAUGGGUGUUACCGGGCGCGGUGCGAGGCGGAGGCUGGCGCUGGACGCGGGGAGCGCGCCGCGGGAGCUCGAGUGGGGCGGUCGGUACAGGGGUUGGACCGUGGCGUGCGCGGUGGGAUGUGCGUUCCUCGCGGGCGUCGCGCUCGCGCUGGCGCUCGUCGCGUCUACCGGCGCCGGCGGCGACCUCCGUCGCCUGCUCGCCGCGCCCCGAGAUGGGGUCGGCAGCUUCAGAUCGUCGUCCCCGUCGUCGUCGUCGUCGUCGUCGUCGUCGUCCGCCGCCGCCGCCGUCCGCACGCCCCUGCCGGGCCUCGCCCUCGCCGAGCCCACGCACGAACCCGCCGGGCCCGCACACGAACCCGCCCAACAUACCGCCAUCGAAGACGACGGCAGGCCGAGCGUCACGGUGGGAUUCGAAUCCAGCGGCGACUUUUACUGGCUCCCCGUCGUGCGGCUGCUCGAAGCCGCGCUCCCCGGGGUGAAGAUAACCCUCGCCGACCCGACGUACGACUGGAGCGCGGUGAACCUCGCGGACCUGACGACGUCAUCGAGCCGUCAUAACGGCCGUCAUGACCGUUACGACGCACAGGCGGACGGUUCGCGCUCGGCGAUGAGAGACCUGAGGGUCGACGCGACGUCCGACCCGAGCGUCGAGCCCGACAUCGUCGUCGAGGGCCCCGACAUCUUCCAGGCGGGCCGCGACGAAGGUUCCCGGUGCUCGUGGGGGGAUAAGCCGUGGGUCCAGACCACCGCGGAACCCUCGAUGUUCUUCAACGCGUGGGAGUGGUGCAGGCACGAGAGCGAUCCGGUGAUGCGUCUGGAAACGGGGCUGGCGCACUACAACCAGAAUUUGGUGUACGACCCGAAGAAGACGACGUACGUUUGGUCGCCGUACGCGAUGACGCACGCGUGGCUCAUGCGCGAUCACCUCGCCGACCGGCUAAACGCGUUUAAAGACAACCCGCCGGACUUAAGAAGACACAUGGUGGGAUGGGCGAGCGGGAACUGCCAGGACCACCGCGCGCAGAUCUUCCGAGCGUUGCAGCGCGCGAGUAACCGGGGAUGGCGAGAGGGACGGGUGGACGAGUUGGGCAGGGACGGCGCCGUGCACGCGCUCGGCGCGUGCGAGCACAACGUUCGUUGGUCCUCCGCCGACGAGUACCCCCCGCGCGGGACGAAACCGUGGGAGCUGUACAAGGAUUACCGAUGGGUGUUGGCGUUGGAGAACUCGGCUGAGCCGGGAUACGUCACCGAGAAGCUGGUCAACGCGAUGGCGUCGGGCGCCGUGCCGGUGUACUACGGCGACUCUCGCGCCGCGCGAAAGGUUUUCAAACGGGGCACCUUCGUCGACGUCCUCGAGAUUUGGAGGCUCAAGGGUCACGUCCCGGGCGAUCCCGAAGUUCCCGGUUCGCCCCCCACCGAGUCCGAUUGGGACGUCAUCGCCGACUACGUCGUCGCCAUCGACAGGGACCCCGACGCGUACGCCAAGUUCUUCGCUCACUCGAACGCGCUCAACGAGACGCCCGAGUCGGAGGUGUACGACGACGCGGUCAAGUUCGAAAUCGGCGUGGACUACCCGAACGAGCCGUUUCCGCAGAUCGAUCGACCGGUGGGCGAGCAAAUCGGGCCAGACUCGGGGGCGACGAGGGAGGCGGUGUGGCGGCUGCGGGACUUGUUUCGGAAAAAGCUGGACGAGCGAGACGCGUGGGAGCUUCGGCGGGCGAACGGGGCGGCGCAAAAGGCGCCGGCGCGAGGGUGAAGACUGGACUCGCAGCGAAACGCCAAACCUAUUCUUUUUUUUCAUCGCGGCGAACGCGAUGAGCUGCUCUUAGCGAGGUGUAAAGUACGACUCGCGUCGAUAUUUUUUUC